GGGCACACGCCUCCCCAUACCUUACAUGGACAAAUGCGUGCAGGCAAAGUCAGGAAUUCAGGCCCCUGACGUCAGCCUCCAGCGCUUAGGGCACCGCACGGGAGACCGCGGGGAGGGGGUGGGGAGGAAGGAGGGGGAGAGCACCAACCAGCAGCCGCUCCCGGCCUGCCGAAGUUUCACUUUUUGUCUGUGGGUUCGCUCCCGGCCCCGCUCCGAGCGUUCCCGGGAUAAGUAGCAUUAGCGGCGGGAAGAGCCGGCCGCUGCAAGGUGGGAACUGAAGCACAGAAACAGAGAGUCCGCUGGUUCUGCAUUUGUCAUCGUUCCCUGGUCCCUCAUUGGAGAGGAGCAAUUUUCCCUUAGCUGAGACUAACAGUCGUCUGGGUGAGCCUUGCCCAUUGUCCAUUCCAAAAGCCAGAAACUGCUUAAGCUCCAGCUCCAUUGUCUUCGUUGAAAGCUGGGGUCUAACUUUCCAUAGAAAAGGAAGAUUUCAACCAUGUCUCACCCAUCUUGGCUGCCACCCAGAAGCACUGGGGAGCCUCUUGGCCACGUUCCCGCACGGAUGGAGACCACCCAUUCUUUUGGGACCCCCAGUAUUUCAGUGUCGACACAACAGCCACCCAAGAAGUUUGCUCCAGUAGUUGCUCCAAAGCCCAAGUACAACCCGUACAAGCAGCCCGGAGGAGAGGGUGACUUUCUCCCACCCCCACCUCCACCUUUGGAUGACCCCGGUACCAUUCCUCCUGGCCCUGGACACUUCCCUCCUCCUCCACCACUGGAUGAAGGUGCUUUCAAAGUACAGGGAAAUCCUGGAGGCAAGACCCUGGAGGAAAGGCGGUCCAGUCUGGAUGCUGAGAUCGAUUCCUUGACCAGCAUCCUGGCUGAUCUGGAGUGCAGCUCUCCCUACAAACCUCGGCCCCCACAGGGCUCUGCUAGUCUAACAUCCUCUCCUCCAGUGUCUACUCCUGUCACGGGACAUAAGAGAAUGGUCAUUCCAAACCAGCCCCCUCUGACGGCAACCAAGAAGUCGGCGAUGAAACCACAGCCUUCACCCCAGUCUGCACCCAUCCCCGUGACACCCAUCGGCACUCUCAAACCGCAGCCUCAGCCAGUUCCAGCCUCUUACACUACAGCAUCCACACCUUCGAGGCCCACCUUCAAUGUGCAAGUGAAGUCGGCCCAGCCCAGCCCACAUUACAUGGCUGGCCCAUCUGCUGGACAAAUAUAUGGCCCAGGACCUCAAGGCUAUAACACUCAGCCAGUUCCUCCGUCAGGACAGUGUCCUCCUUCAACUCGUGCUGGUGCCGACUAUGCUUAUAUUCCACCCCCGGGACAUCAGCCUGAGCCGGGAUAUGGGUAUACUCCCAACCAAGGACGCUAUUAUGAACCCUAUUAUGCAGCAGGGCCUGGUUAUGGGGGCAGAAAUGAUGUGGAUCCUUCUUAUGGACAACAACAAGUUCAGCCUAAUACCUGGAAGCGGGAACCUGGGUAUGCUGCUUCUGGAGCUGGGAAUCAGAACCCUACUGGGAUGUAUCCUGUCAGUGGUCCCAAGAAGACCUAUAUCACAGACCCUGUGCCAGCCCAGUGUGCACCCCCACUGCAGCCAAAGGGCGGACACCCUGGGUCUAUGGGGCCUCCUUCUGUUGCCCCAUCAUUCCGGCCAGAAGAUGAGCUCGAGCACCUGACCAAGAAGAUGCUGUAUGACAUGGAAAACCCCCCUUCUGAUGAGUACUUUGGCCGCUGUGCCCGCUGUGGGGAGAACGUGGUUGGGGAAGGGACAGGAUGCACCGCCAUGGAUCAAGUCUUCCACGUGGAUUGCUUCACCUGCAUCGUCUGUAACAACAAGCUCCGAGGACAGCCUUUCUAUGCCGUGGAGAAGAAGGCCUACUGUGAGCCCUGCUACAUUAACACUCUGGAGCAGUGCAAUGUGUGUUCGAAGCCCAUCAUGGAAAGGAUCCUCCGUGCCACCGGCAAGGCCUACCACCCUCACUGCUUCACCUGCGUGAUGUGCCACCGUAGCCUGGAUGGCAUCCCGUUCACCGUCGAUGCCUCUGGUCUCAUCCACUGCAUCGAGGAUUUCCACAAGAAAUUUGCCCCACGCUGUUCUGUGUGCAAGGAGCCGAUCAUGCCUGCCCCAGGCCAGGAGGAGACUGUCCGCAUCGUGGCUCUGGACCGUGAUUUCCAUGUGCACUGCUACAGAUGUGAGGAUUGUGGUGGUCUUCUGUCUGAAGGAGACAACCAAGGCUGCUACCCUUUGGAUGGACACAUCCUCUGCAAGUCCUGCAACUCCGCCCGCAUUAGGGUGUUGACCGCCAAGGCAAGCACUGACCUGUAGAAUCGGUCGCCCGCUUCGCUGCUGAGUACGUGGCACCGAGAAGAACGAAACACAAGACAAAGAUAAGAGAAGAAAUAGAAAAAUAGAGGCAAAGCUCUCAACCUCUGGGAUGGUCUCUGUUCUUCAUCUGCUGUUAACCUUUUCUUUCGAAGCACAUACAGGAUGAGAUUUGUUUAAGUUCCUACCAAAUACACAUUUCACAUUUAAUCAUGUAAGGCCAUGAUGAGCCUUUGUUGUAAGGACCUCCACAUUUUUGCACAGAUUAUGCUCCGUCCCAUUCACUUCUGCAUUCCUGUAACUUUUAAUCCCCGCAUUUGUCUCGCUUUCCAUCCGGCUGAAUAGAGUUUUAGUGUGGUAUUUGCUGUCACAUGAUUUUUCCUGGGUGGAUGUGCCAGCCUGCCGGUGCCUUUAGCUUGACGUCUCCUCCUGUCCCCUUUCCCUCUGGCCGUGGCCACAGAAGUCAAGCUGUUCUGAUGCCAGGGGUUGGAAAGGUGGAUUUCCCCAUUGCACUCUACCACUCCUGUCUCCUGGUAAAAAGAAAGGUGGGCGGAGUGCACAUUCUUCUGCUAGGCUAUAAAGAAUGUACUUGAAAAAAAAUACAUAAAUUUACAGGAGCCCAAAUUUAGUUUGCCAUUAUCCAAAUUCAAGAUGUGCAGUGCCCAGUGGUCAAAGUUCAUUUGAAGGCAUUUUUUUUAGCCGAUAUCUAAUAAGUGAUAGAACCACCUUUCACUGCUGAGUUAAAGAAACCACAUGGGAAAUGCUGGCCAAAGGACUGCUUGAAAGCAGUUUCAAAGCAUUUGAAAAGCCCAGUAUAUUUUCAACAAUUCUACCUUGAGCUUUUCGUCUCCGUGCUAUCUGGACAUAAGACAGACAGACUUGCUUUUUGGUACAUUUCCAAUUCUGUCUGACACUUCAUCUUACAAGGACUGUGAAUUUUCCCCUACUACACACACAUGGUUACUACAAUUAACAUUUAUCUACAGAAAGAUAUGUGUUAAAAGGAAUCAAAUUCUUCUCUUUCUUUUAUUUUAUAAUAACCCAAAUCUAUUUUUUUUGAAAACUGCAAAUUUGGACCCAUAAAAUGAAGUUACAUAACCAUGUUUCCUCUUCUUUGAAAAAGAAGGAAAAGCUGGGAAAAGAUUGCGAAACCGGAGUUUUAUUAUUCUUAUAAUCCUUCUGUAGCUCAAGUACAUAUUGCAGGAGACAUUUUCCUAUCUUCAGCAUGACAUUUACACCACACUUUCAAAGACAAUCCCUGAAAACAAAAUUGUCUUUCUGAGCUAAAAAUAUGCAGAAUGGCUGACUAGAAUCUUUAUGCGAACUCUUGG